AACAGGCAGCUGUUUCCGGGGGAUUGCUGAUUUGGGCGCAACCUGUGUGCGUCGGGAUAUUAGUCCGUGUCAAGGGUUUAAAGAGUUUUGUUUACAAAAUGGAAGAAUUUAAGACCUGCAACCUGGACUACUUUCCCGAAAACAUUUUAAUUGAUGUUUUGUCGUUUCUGAGCGUACGAGAGCUCGUCAGAGCUGGGAGAGUGUGUACGAGAUGGAAACGCCUCGUCAAAGACCAGCGACUGUGGAGACUUGUCGAUCUGACUGCAUGGAAAGGGGUGACAUCCCGCAUACUUUGGGUCCUGCUGCGUCAGUACCUGGGUUGUGGACUACGGUGCCUACGGUUGCGUGGUUUGCUGCUCUCUGCCCGAGGGGGCACCUUUCUCUCUGAGUCUUGGCUCAAAGCUUUGUCCACAAAGUGCCCUCGCCUGAGUAAGCUCUAUCUUCUGCAUGCAGAUCUGAGAAGCCUGCCCAAUUGCCAGCUUCUACCUCCGUCUUUGCAGGUGCUGGAGCUUUGUGGUUGUGAGCUGCCCCAUGGCUUUUUCAACCAGACACUGCCUACUACACCUGCCCAAGAAAGAGCAGAAGCCACAUCCAGUGUUGGUUCUCAACCACAAAGGAAAGAUCAGAAAGGAAAAAAGCUUAGCUCUCCAUCAGGGAUUCCUAUUGAGACAUUAGUCCUUAACAAUGUUCCCUCUUUCACGGACCAGCACCUGCAGAGUCUGACAUCAUGGGAGAGGCUCAGUCGACUGGAGCUGCGCGACAACUUUCGCAUAACAGCUAAUGGGCUCAGGAGCUGUGCUGCCAAAGAUGGCAUCUCUGGUUUGGAAGGGCUUUCCAGGCUCAAGCUUCUGGAAAUAGGCAUCACUGGGCGGCAGGGCUACCAAUUACAGAUGGCCUCCCUGGGGCUAGGGGCAGGAUGGCUCGGACUGGAGGAACUCAGCCUGGGCGGUAAAGAGGUGGGUCCAGGCCUGCUCUGUGCCAGCCGUCUGAAGGACUUGAAGCGUCUGUGCCUGUGGGCCUGCACGCUCAGCGAGAUGCAGAUAGUCCGGAGCUGCCGGAUGCUCCGGGGACUCCGCCAGCUGGAGUUUUUGGAUGUGAUCUUCCAGCCUCGGCAGUGUCCACCAGUGGUGGAAGGGGAGGGUGCUGGUGAAGAAGAGCGGGACAGUGAGGAAGCUGCAGGUGGAGAUAGCAGCAAUGAUGAGAACAAGACUCUGGAUUUGAACGAUCCUAUUCCAAGUCUGCGUCGCUCUCUGGCUGUCCUGCUACCAUCCUGCACACUAGUUUUCACCAACUGCUCUGUUCAGAUUAAUACAGACUAAAUUAUGUCUCCACUACUGCUGAAUACAAGAGGCCAAUAUGGUUGAAAUUCUUUUUCACAGAGGCAUAUGUAAUUUUAUAUGGCCUUAUUGAUAUAAUGGCUGACUUACGUUUUUAUUAUUGUGUCAUGCAUAGAAGUAUGCCCAGCCCACAUUGGCUCACAAGAUAUCAUAAUUUCAUAUGAGGCAGCUCCAGAGUGCUGCAUAUUUGUUUUCAAACGAUGAGAUUUUCAGACCAUCUUGCCAACAAAAUAAAAGAUUACUGACAAAACAACUGUAAUACUAAAUACUGGAAAAAGCAGUGCAAACUUUAAGGAAAUAGUCCAUCUUGUCUUCUUUUACAGGCUUUUGAGACUGUUUUCCCCCUGAAUAUUUUUGAACCUGCCAGCUUCAAUAGCUCAACAGCCAGAAGAGGAAUGCCAGGUCUCAGCUCAAGAUCUCUGACUUCUAGUUAAAUUAGAUGUAACAGAUGAUUCUUGUACGCACGCA